AUGGCAGACUCCGUCCUCCAGAAUCUCACUGCGAGGAAUUUAUUCGAUUUACGAGGAGUGAUCGCUGUGGUGACUGGUGGUGCGACGGGUAUCGGGCUCAUGAUAAGCACUACGCUUAUGGCUAAUGGGGCGACGGUGUAUACAGUUGGCCCGAAGCAGGAGGAGCUUGACAACGUGGCCAAGCUCUGGAAUGACGGAGCUGGCAAAAAUCCGAAUAUGGGGCGUAUGCAUGGUAUAGCUGGAGAUGUGCGGCUGAAGUCCGAAGCGAAACGUUUAGCUGAGGAAGUAGCCAAACGGGAGGAGCACAUUACAGUCCUCUUCAAUAAUGCGGGCAUAGUUCAAGGGUCCACGACCCGCCCUAAAGCGGGGGCAACAGCAGCCGACUUCGUCUCAGCGUACUUCGACCAUGUGACGGAGGAGGACUUCGAUAAUACCUUGCGGACGAACACCUUUGGUCCUUACUGGCUGAGCUUCGCCUUCCUCCCUUUGCUGGAGAAGUGGAAGAGCCCAGAGAAUCAGUUCUCGCAGAGAUUCGUACCGCAGAUUAUCAUGACGAGCAGCCAGACUGGGUGGACAAAAGACGUAGUCCUGGCCCUUCAGUCGUUCCCUUACCACUUCUCGAAGGCUGCAAUCGGCGCAGCCACGGCGUCCCUCGCUCACGAGCUCUUGCCUCUUGGUAUCCGCGUCAAUGGCAUUGCUCCAGGCCCCUUCCAGACAGCUCUAAGUUCCCCAGGGACCUUAAAUGAGCUAGGUAUUCCCAUCCGUCCGCCAGCGCAUGGCUGGGAAGGAUUCCAGAUUCCAUGCGGCGUAUCCAACGCUCCUAGCAGAGACAUCGGUACUGUCAUACUUAUGCUCGUCGCCAAUUGGUUCAUCAGUGGAGAGACAGUCUUAGUUGAUGGCGGAACUUUACUGAAGCAUCCUUCGUCGUGGUGA